UCUAUGAAUAGUGACUAAGAGAUGACGCUUUAAUUCUAGGAAAGUGUAGAAGGAAGUUCAACUUACCCGGGUGACAUAUGACUCGUUUUGCGUGUGUAUGACGGACAUAUAAAUAUGACGUUGGUAAAAUAAGUUUUACUUAUUACUGUGAUUUGACUUUAGUUUAUGAUUGUAUCAAUAACUAUGCUAUGUACUAUUUUUACUGCUUCACGUUAAAAGGUGUUCAAAAAGUAAGAGUAACUGUUGUUGAAAUAAUAAUUAUGUAGGAGAUUAUUUCAAAAUUUGGAAGAGUUGCACUCACAAUAGCUGCACGCAUAGUCAAAAAUGGCGGUUGAGACUGAUGGGCGGCAUUAUACGUACAGGAUCCUGUCACUUAUAAUUGAUGUAGGAGGUCAUAUGUAUCGUACAGUUUUUACCGCUGAAGCUGAGAAUACAAGCGGCACAGUACAGGCGUUUUUGACAUAUAACAAAAGUUCAAUUAAGGAAUUUGUACCCGGCAGCAGCUCAGAAAAACCAAAGAUUAUCAGCGAUAAACAAUUCAGUGUGAUGUUCCCGAAUAAUUCAGCAGCUUCAUCGGCUGAUGGCUUUGACGUAACGCUUCUAGCAUUCCUACUGAGGAACAUUUGUCCAUCAUUUUGUAGGGGAGAUUUACAAAAAACAUGGAGUGAGAAACUCGACACAUUACAAUCUAAUGACUUCACCGAUGUAGCUGAGUUUGUUCGUAUAAGGGAAUACAGAAAUAAGGUCAUGCACGAAGUUUCGAAUACCAGUACUGCUUUCACUGAAAAUACAUUUAAUGACUUAUGGAAUGACAUAACAGAUGAAUCAGGCAAAUCACCUAAUGUUUCAAACAAACAACCUUCAACCUUUGUUUAG